AAUAUAUACAGAAUACAGAUUACCGGACUCGUGCUGCGAGUAAGUUGGUCGUUUUUGAAUAAAGUCGCUUGUUAUCAAAAUUGAAAAUACUUGUUUGAACUUUUUGAAUUCAAAAGUAUAAUUUCGAAAAUAUGUCUAUGUUUAAUUUAAGUGGUUCUACGCCGGCGAAUAAUGCAGGAAAUGCAGCAACCCCUCAAUUUGGCUUUGGAACAUCACUUGGAGGCUGGCCAUCAUCAUCAACACCAUCAACUACAACUAGUUUUGGUAACUUUGGGGCUGCUAGUAAUAAGCAAACUACAAAUACACCAUUUUCCUCAUUUGGUAAUGUAGGUGCUCCUACAACUUCAUUAUCUUUUGGAGCCAACACUACAUUAGCAACAACUACAACUAAACCCGGAUUUUCCCUUGGUAUCAAUGCAGCGUCAAAUGCUCCAUUAAAUCUUUCUUUUGGUUCAACUGCAACUACAGCUGCUACAUCUGCUUCUCCGUUUUCACUUGGAACUGCGUCAAAUAUCAAACCUACAGCAUCACUUGCUGGUACACAAUUGACAUUAGGAACAACUACUAAUGUAACUACUUCUGCUGCACCUGUAUCUCGUGGUCUGGGUGGUCUAGAUACAACUUCAAAUUUAAAUCAAGCACAAAAUAAAGCUGUACCUGCUCUUGAAAUGCCUGUUCCUAAUGAAAUUUUACAAUUAGUUAAUAAUUUAAAAGAUUUUCUUAAGCAACAAAAAACAAUGAGCACUGAAUUAGCUCGUAUGUCAUCUAAAGGUUCAAAUGAAGUUGCAGGUGAUAUAACAAUGUGUCAAAAAAAUUUACAAUUUAUAGAACAUAAUCUAGAUAAACAAAAAACGUCCGUUGAAAAAUUAAAAUAUGAAACUAAUAAAUGUCUACAAGAUUUUGAAAUUGCUCAACGUAAUCAUGAUCAUCCAGCAAUGGUUCAAACAGAUAUGGAAUCUAAUAUUAAAUACUUUGCUGAGCUUAUCAAAUCAUUACAAGAAAAAGGAAACAUAUUAAAAAAUGAAAUUGAAAAUACUCAACAAUACUUAGCAACAUUACCUUAUAAUAAUAAUGUCACGGUAGAUGAAUUGAGAAGAAUAGGGGAAAUGUAUUACAAGAAUGUUAUUGCAUUAGCUGGUCAUUUGCAUGGUAUACAUAAUGAAGUUCAAGUAUUAAAAGCAAGGCAUCUGUCUUUCCGUAGAGAAAUUUUAAAUGAUCAUACAAAUAUUUUUCAAUUGAAUCCAAAUCCAAGUUCAUCUAGUUUCUUUACAUCUCGUCCAGAUACUACUGGUCCUAAUCCAUUCUCAGGUUUAAAUAUAACAGCUUCAGCAGCAUUAAACUUGGGAACGUUUGGAUUAGAUCAGUCUGGCGUUCUUCAAAAUCAAGAUACAAGUAGUGUACAAUCAAAUUUUGGAACAAACACUCAACUGAUGAAUACAACACAAUUCCAGGGUUUCUUUCCUAGCCAUAAAUAACACUUAAUAUAUUUUAAGUGAGAAUAAACUAAUAUACUUUAUUUAUUAAUAAUAAUUUAAAA